AUGCGCCAUUGUUUUAUCGUCGGCACGGCGGCUAUAGCUUCGCUAGCAUCCACAACCCUCGCCAACUCGCUUUCUGAACUAUGCAGUGUUUCCAAUGUCAAGGCCGCUUUGCCCUCCAACGGCACGCUGCUUGGGAUUGACAUGAUCUCCUCUUCUAUCACGGCUUCUACAGCUAUCUACAAUGCCAGCGCCAGCACGGGACAUGGACCGAUGCGCCGUGAUGCUGAGACUUACAACUAUUGCAACGUCACUUUGGAAUACACCCAUGGCACUAAAGGAGACAAGGUCAUUCUUAAAUAUGCCUUUCCUAACCCUUCCGACUUCAAGAAGCGCUUCUACGUUGCCGGCGGAGGUGGCUAUUCCCUAAACACGGAUACCACUGGCGGACUCAAGUAUGGUGCCGUUGCAGGCGCUACUGAUGGAGGGUACGACGCCUUCAACUACAGCCUCGACGAGAAGUUCCUCUUGGGUAACGGAUCCAUCAACUGGGAUGCUACCUACAUGUUCUCCUACCAGGCUCUCGGUGAGAUGACUCAGAUCGGAAAGUACAUCACCAAACGGCUGUAUGACAUGUCCAGCUCGAGCAAGGUCUAUACUUAUUACGAAGGCUGCUCCGAUGGCGGAAGAGAGGGGAUGAGCCAGGUUCAGCGAUGGGGCGAUGAGUACGACGGUGUUAUCGCCGGUGCGCCUGCUUUUCGAUUCGCUCAACAACAAGUCCUCCAUGUUUAUCCUGCUACUGUGGAGCACACUCUCGACUAUUACCCUCCUCCUUGUGAGCUCAAAAAGAUUGUCAACGCCACGAUCGCCGCCUGUGAUGGCCUUGACGGAAGGCAAGAUGGCGUCAUUUCCCGAACAGACCUGUGCAAGCUUCACUUCAACCUCAAGUCGCUCAUUGGCAAAGAGUACUACUGUGCGGCUGAGUCAAGCUCCUCUCUUGGUUUUGGUUUCAGUAAGCGACAAGCUCCAGGCAGCCAGGCGAGCAAUGCCCCCGAGCAGAAUGGCACUGUUAGUGCCAAGGGCGUUGCUGUUGCCCAAGCUAUCUAUGACGGUGUCUUCAACAGCAAGAAGGAACAGGCUUAUCUGUCUUGGCAGAUCGGUUCUGAGCUUUCCGAUGGCGAGCCAAGCUACGACAAUGAGACGGAGAAGUGGACUCUCAAUAUUCCAUCUACUGGUGGAAUGUAUGUUGCGAAGUUUAUUGAGCUCCUCGACUUGGACAACCUUGAUAAUCUGGAUAAUGUCACUUAUGACACCCUUGUUCAGUGGAUGGACACUGGUCUAGUCCGCUACUAUGACAGCCUUCAGACGACUCACCCUGACCUCACUAUUUUCAAGAAGACUGGAGGUAAGCUUCUUCACUACCACGGCGAGUCUGACCCCAGCGUUCCCGCUGGCUCUUCUGUCCACUACUGGCAAUCUGUUCGCGCCAUCAUGUACCCAAACGCGUCUGACUCCGAAGCGCAAAAGGCCCUCUCUGAGUGGUACCAGUUCUACCUUGUUCCUGGUGCUGCUCACUGCGGUACUAAUUCCCUCCAGCCUGGCCCGUAUCCCCAGAACAACAUGAAUAUUAUGAUCGACUGGGUGGAGAAUGGCAAGCAGCCAUCUAGACUCAACGCUACCGUUUCUUCCGGUGAUUAUAAGGGAGAGACCCAGAUGCUGUGCCAGUGGCCUGAGCGACCUCUCUGGACCAACAAUAAGACUUUCAAGUGCGUCAAUGACAGGAAGUCUAUUGAAAGCUGGACCUAUGAUUUCAAUGCCUUUAAGAUCCCAGUCUUCUGA